GGGGAGGGGGCGGGACCCCCCAAAAUCCUGCCACGCCCCCCAAGUACACGGAGGAGGUGGCCCCGGUGCUGCGGGAGGGAUUUGGGAUGCUGAGGUUGCCUGGGGAGGAUUUUGGGGUUCAGGAGCAGGAUUUUGGGGUUCAGAAGACCCCGGGGAGGGGGCGGGACCCCCCAAAAUCCUGCCACGCCCCCCCAGGCACACACACGAGGUGGCCCCGGUGCUGGUGCUGCUGGGGGGAUUUGGGAUGCUGAGGUUGCCUGGGGAGGAUUUUGGGGUUCCGGUGCAGGAUUUUGGGGUCCAGAAGACCCCGGGACCCCCCAAAAUCCUGCCGUGCCCCCCCAGGUACACGUACGAGGUGGCCCCGGUGCUGGUGCUGCUGGAGGAGCAGGUCCUGGCCAAGCUCCGGGAGCUCGUGGGGUGGAGCGGCGGCGACGGGAUCUUCGCUCCCGGGGGCUCCAUGUCCAACAUGCUGGCGAUGAACGUGGCGCGAUUCCGGCGCUUCCCGGAGGCUCGGAGCAAAGGGAGCCGGGAAUUGCCGCGGCUGGCGCUGUUCGCCUCCAGGGAGAGCCACUACUCGAUCCCAAAAGGCGCCGCUUUCCUGGGAAUCGGCACCGACAACGUUCACCUCGUGCCCACGGACGAGAGGUGGGUGAGGGGGGGGAGCCCGGGCUGGGGGGACCCCCGGGGACCCCCUCCCU